AUGAUAAAUAUAUACUUGGCUAUAAUAACUGCGGUCGUCGGAGUUCUUAGCUACUACCUCUGGACAUGGACCUACUGGAGACGUCGUGGGAUUUCUGGACCACCCGGCUACCCACUCAUUGGGUGCGCUUUGGAAAUGCUUGAUUCUGAGAAUCCACCAUACCUCCAGUUGAAGGAAUGGACCAAAGAAUAUGGAAAGGUUUAUGGGAUCACCGAGGGAAUGAUGAAGAUUUUGGUUAUUUCCGAUCCCGCAUUAGUCGAAGAAGUAUUUGUAAAACAGUACGAUAACUUUUACGGGAGAAAGUUAUAUCCGAUUCAAGGCGACCCGAAUAAGGACAAGUUGGUUAAUUUGUUUGCUUCACAAGGUCACCGAUGGAAGAGAUUGAGAACUAUUUCAAGUCCAACGUUUUCCAACAAUAGUUUGAGAAAACUUAAAACCACCGUCGAAGAUUGUGCAUUGGAAUUGUUAAGACACAUAGAAACACAGACUGCUGGAGGGAAACCAAUUGACUUGUUGACAUUCUACCAAGAGUUCACUCUGGACGUUAUUGGUCGUAUUGCUAUGGGUCAAACCGACUCGCAAAUGUUCCAAAAUCCAAUGCUGAAAUACGUUAAAGCAGUUUUCGGAGAGCCAAGAAAGUUUAUUUUCCUAAGUGGUGCAAUCGUUCCAUGGACUGGACCUCUCCUUCGAAAAUUCUUCAUGUCACUUCCUAACAUUUUCAAAAAUCCAGCUAUUCAUAUCAUUCGACAAGUAGCUCAAGCAGUGGAGAACAGAAUCGCUCAGCGUGCUACAGAUGAGAAGGCUGGAAUUGAACCAGGAGAACCACAAGACUUUAUUGAUUUAUUCCUAGAUGCUAAAUCAGAUGACGUCGAGAUUGAGAAUAAUGAAGACUUCACAAAGGCUGGAAUAAAAGUGACCAGGCAGUUAACAAAAGAUGAAAUCGUCGGACAAUGUUUUGUUUUCUUGAUAGCCGGAUUUGACACAACAGCACUGUCUCUCUCAUAUUCUUCCUUCCUUCUGGCCACGCAUCCAGAGGUUCAGAAAAAACUACAAGAAGAAAUCGAUAGAGAGUGUCCAGAUCCAGAGAUCACUUUUGAUCAAUUAUCAAAGCUCAAAUAUUUGGAAUGUGUGGUCAAGGAGACUUUGAGAAAAUAUCCUCUAGGAGCAAUGGCAAACGCUCGUCGCUGUAUGCGUUCCACCAAAAUCGGAAACUAUGAAAUAGAGGAAGGCAUUGAUAUCUUAUGUGACACAUGGACACUUCAUGCAGAUAAGAACAUUUGGGGAGAGGAUGCAAAGGAGUUUAAGCCAGAAAGAUGGGAGAGUGGAGACGAACAAUUUUUCCAAAAAGGAGGAUACAUUCCAUUCGGAUUGGGACCUCGCCAAUGCAUCGGAAUGCGUUUGGCUUAUAUGGAAGAGAAGCUUCUCCUUUGUCAUAUCCUUCGAAAGUAUACGUUGGAAACUUGCAGCAAAACUCAAAUUCCUUUGAAGUUGAUUGGCUCGAGAACCACGUCUCCAGAAACUGUUUGGUUGAAUUUGAAACCGAGAGAAGAUAUUUAA